AUGAUCGCACCUCUUGCCAAGAUUUCCGUCGUCGCCACGUUGCUCUCAGUUGGAGUUUCCGCUGUACCCACCGUUGAUACUCUACUUUCUCGGCGAGCCAUCGCUGGUCUUUCUCUCUCCCAGGGAUGCGAGAAUACCGUGAAGAACCUUCUCAGCUCGCCCGCUGCGACUUGCAUGAAUCUACCAGGAACAGUCGCCAUUUUCUCCACCGUUGCAAAUUCGUCCUGGAUCCCACCAAUAAAUAAAUGGCUUAGCGACUUCUGCGGUGCUCCGGAUUGCACCGGUGACCAGAUCACCUCGACGCUCAAUACGGUCAUGGACGGCUGCGCCAAUGACAUUGCGCAGCUAGGCGUCACGAUUCCACGAGAACAGAUCAUCUCAAACUCGGUUACGUACUUUCCGCAAGCAAAGUCCGCUUUAUGUCUUCGCGACUCGAGUAAUAGCAACAAGCUUUGUGCAAUCACGACACUCGAGAACCUGCAAACGGCCCUCGGCGGUGCACCACUCACUCCCGCCGUCAUUGAAGAAAAGUAUCCUCUCCUGCUCGCCAACAAUUAUGCACUCGCGAAGCAACUCGCUUGCACGCCGUGUACUUCUGCGGCAUUUGCCCUGGUCCGACCUGCUCUGCCGCAAAGCAUUCUCACCACCGUCGAUGGAUUUGUCGGUGACCAAUGUGGUGUCGAUUUUACUUCUCAACCGACUGGAAGUAUCGCCGUCGUGACCGGGACGGCAGCCCAACUCGCCGCUUCGGCAACAGCUAGUUCAUCGCCUUCUGCCGGGUUCGCCUCAUUCUCGCUCAACCUACCUGUGGCUCUUCUAGUUGGUAUAGCGUCAAUCGCCUCGUUCCUUCUCUAG